CCUAACAUAAAACAUAAUAUAAAUGUCCAUCACUAUCGAUAUUUAACAAAUCAGCUGUUUACUCAUCUCAUGCGGUGGCAAAGAAAGCUUCAAGAUUUGAAGUUCAAAUGCGUUUGAUUGGAUUUCUUAAUAAAUUUGGCGCAAUAUUGAAUCGUAGCUCUGCUGACAGACAUCUAAUCAAAAGAAGCAUGGCCUGUAGCAGAUUUGAGUACGUAAAAACCUACGAACAGGACGACAGUAUACUGCCAAACGUGUGGAUAGUAAUUCGCAUCGAUGGCAAGAAGUUUCACAAGUUCUCCAAAACACACGACUUUGACAAGCCGAACGACGAGAAUGCAUUGAAUGUGAUGAACGCAGCCGCCACGGCCGUGAUGGGAGAGUUCCGGGAUAUUGUCCUGGCCUAUGGGCAGAGCGAUGAAUACUCGUUUGUAUUUCGAAAGGAGACGGCUGCCUUUAAACGACGUUCUGCCAAGCUGCUUACCUAUGUCACCAGCCUCUUCUCCACGAGCUACGUGAUGCAGUGGUCCAACUGGAUGAAUCAGCCUCUCGCUUACGCCCCCUGCUUCGACGGGCGGGUGGUCCUAUAUCCGUCCGACGAGAAUCUAAGGGACUAUCUAAGUUGGCGGCAGGCGGAUGUGCAUGUGAACAAUCUCUAUAAUACGGCCUUUUGGAAGCUGGUCCUGGAGAAGGGUCUGACGAAUCAAGAGGCAGAGGCAAAAUUGCGAGGCACUUUCUCCGCGGACAAAAAUGAGCUGCUCUUCCAGGAGUUUGGCAUUAACUACAAUAAUCUGCCGGCCAUGUACCGAAAGGGAACGAUUCUGCUGAGAAAACGCGUCACUGUAAAUGAAAAGGCGAGGCAGGCCAUUGUGCCCUUGCACGAGGAUCUGAUUUCUUCACAGUUCUGGAAAGAGCACACCGAAAUUUUGGGCAAAUAUGUGCCAGGAACCUACAAUUCGUCCCAGCCCCUGCACAGAUUGGUGCACCUACAAAUAGAUGAUAAGAUGGCGGAGGUCAAGAAGCUAUCGGAGAGUGUAGAAGAGAGUUGUUAGUACCUUAGUUGAUAGUACUUAUGGCAAUAUAUUUUGUAAGCUUAAAGUUA